UUUAUUUCAUGACGUUUCUGAAAACGUCAUUGAUUUACCUGCAACUGAUCCGCUCACGUGACCACAGAGCCAGCUGGAAGCAGUCGGGUUCAACUCUUCCUGAGCUCGAGGACAGGAGGCGGAAGAGGAGCCUGAAAGAGGAGGUGGAGGAGGUGAACACCACCUGAAGUGACGCUGCUGCGCCUCCGGAUCGUUCCUCAGUCCGACAGGAAAACUUCUGCAGCUCAAAGGCGGAACAAACGACGACAGAGGCAGCAGGCGGUUUUACUCCAGAAACCACGACCAGAUGCGGAUCAGGCCGGUCUGACUUCGUCCAGCCAGCCCGCAGCCCUGAAGAGUUUGGGGCCUCAGCGAUGGGGAACAGCAGCAGCGACAGGUCCAGUGGGGGUCAGGGGGACAGGUCAUACAGAGAUGGACAGCAGGGGGGGAAAGAGGCGCGUCCCAACAUCCUGAUGGACAGCACAGAGGACGGAGACCUCUUCCAGAGAGAGGACCAAAAGGCUCCGCAGGAAAUACAGGAAUUUCUGGCCUGGCAGCAGGACCUGGAGAGCGAAGGCAAAAGUCCGACGCAGGACAGACCGACCGUGUUCAGGUGGUCUGGGGUGGCCAAAGAAGUCUUCGUGUCCGGCUCCUUUAACAACUGGGUCACCAAGAUCCCCCUGAACAGAAGUGAGAAGAACUUUGUGGCCAUCGUGGACCUGCCAGAGGGGGAGCACCAGUACAAGUUCUGUGUGGACGGUCAGUGGACGCUGGAUCCUGCAGGGGCCGUGACCACGUCGAAGACCGGAACAGUUAAUAACGUCAUCCAGGUGAAGAGAACGGACUUUGAAGUCUUUGAUGCCCUCAGGAUCGACUCACAGGAUUCUGCAGACCUCUCAGACCUGUCCAGUUCCCCUCCCGGCCCCUAUCAACAGGAUGCAUAUGUCAUCAGAUCAGAAGACAAGAUCAAGCAGCCUCCUUUCUUGCCGCCUCACCUGCUGCAGGUGCUGCUCAACAAGGACACGGGUAUCUCUUGUGACCCGACGCUGCUUCCGGAGCCAAACCAUGUGAUGCUCAAUCACCUGUACGCCCUCUCCAUCAAGGACGGAGUGAUGGUUCUCAGCGCUUCACACCGAUACAAGAAGAAGUACGUGACGACUCUUCUCUACAAGCCGAUUUAACCCGCAGAGCCGUGAUCCAGGCUCUGGUGAUCCAGGCUCUGGUGAUCCAGGCUCUGGUGAUCCGGGCUCUGGUGAUCCAGCCUCUGGUGAUCCAGCCUCUGGUGAUCCUGUCUCUGGGGAUCCAGGCUCUGGGGAUCCAGGCUCUGGUGAUCCAGCCUCUGGUUCUGACAUCAGAACCAGUCUGUCGUCGUUCUUCGCUGCUGCUUCGAAUGUUUUUGCUAAAACUGGACUAAAAUGUGUUUCUGAUAUCAGUUUAAAGCAUUUUUACCAUCCUGUCAUCGCAAAUUUAGAAAAAGCUGCAACUCUUUUAGUUAAAGUUUCUGCACAAUGUUUGUAAAUAUGUGAUCCUCAGCUACAGCCUGAAGCUUCGUGUUUGAUAAGUUUGAAUCAGUGUGAAGCUCUCAGAUGUGAGAGCAGGUGGAAGUUUUCAUUCUGACCUCACUUGAUCCAGAUUAGUUUUUUUAUUAUUACCCAUGAUGCAGAGGAGGAACCUGCCUGAACACUCAUGGUUUUCAGCUCUCUGUGGCUUUGCACAGAGCCAAAGGCUGCAGCCUGGCUGUCCACAGUGACCUGUAGGACUGUGUGAGAUAAGGCCAGCUGUAACUGUGCUGCAGGAGCUCUGCAUACGUGAGCAAACAGACGCGAGGACACGAACGGCUUGAAAUUCAGCUGGGAGGCCUCGUGAAGAGCCAGUGUUUUAUUUCAAUGAUGCCUUUCUGACAAAUCAGACUUCUUUCAAAUCAGCUUUUGUUCAAGAAUUAUAAAGGAAUUAAAGUUUGAAAGCAUU